CUUCAAUCCAAAAUGUCGAGGGGAAAAGGCUUCACGUGGGUGCAUGGAAGAAGAAGCUUUGACCCACUGUUGCAUGUACAUGUAAGGACUAGCUAGCUAAUCAAUGAUUGGCUUGAAAGAGACGUAACAACCAUCAAGUUCCUCCGCUCUAGCUACAGAGUUCUUGAUACAAAAUACCGGUAGAAAACCAAACAGGAUUGACAAGAUGUCGGCGUCCGCUUCGUCGAGCGGAACAGACCUCACAACUAGGAACUCAUCAUCGAGCACCACCACCGCUCGGCCUCCAAGCCGCCGCAAAUCCGGUCGUCGAUCCACAUCUGUAAACCUUGGUAGACGUUGGAUGGAUGUGGUACACACAUCACCUCCCUGGAAUCGUCACUUUUUGGACAUUGGGCGUUGCGGUUUUGUCAAGUGCACCAAGCAGAUUCAGAAGGCUUCGGCGGAAGAAAUUGCGGCACUACCCACAUCCUACUUGGCCAUGGCAAUUUCCGCCAGUACCGCUUAUACACCCAAAGAAAAACAAGAACGCCUCUUGAUGGACUAUACAAGGGCUCUGGUGGGGAGAAACGUGGAUCCCAAUGACAUUUUCAGUUGUGUGGAUUCUUCACACCGAUCUGCGGUAGCUUGUGCUGCCUAUCAUGGAUAUCCAAAGUUACUCAAGCUCCUUCUAGUGGAUGGUAACUGUUCUGUCACUCUCGGGACUCCUCAUGCUCUGAUGGCAGCACUAGACAAUGGACAGCAUGAAUGUAUGACCAUAUUGCUGGAGCACAGAAAGGAAGAAUUCCAGAAAAUUCUGUACAAGGAAGAGUUGGCUCAUUGUGGUGGUGGCGACAAGCAUGUUGAAGCAAAGUUUUUGAUUGAGAAUACCCUGGAAAAGGCUCUCAUCAGGAGAGACGUCACUGCUGUUCAAAUCUUGAGGGACCAGGGAAAUGUCAUGAUCUCUGACUAUUGCUUUAUUAGGCGCAGGUCCAACAAAAACAAGAUUCUGCAAAACCUUCUCCAAGCCAUGUAUGGACCUGAUGAGAAUGUCAUGGCAUGGAGCAAGUGGCUUCACUGGAGCUUUCCAACCACAGACAGGAGAAUGAUCAACUACCUUUGGCAUUUGAUUGCACCCAACAGUGACUUUCCCAAGGAAGUUUGGCUCAACCUUUUGAGUUUUAUGGGACGUGGCUGGUGGAUGGAGUCAUCCUCCAUUACUCGGCAGUAUCUCUUGGAUGUUGUUUAAAACUGGGUGGUACAGUACCAACGAGUGACUAGUUUUGUUUGGAUUGGUUCUCUCUUUUUCAAAAGGGCUCAUGUCGAUGGGAUGGGAGCUGGGGCGAAGCGGGAAACAAAGGGUGUUAGCAGAGGCUUUGAACUCAAACAUCUUGUUAAUAAUGAUAUUUGUUGUAUCUAACUAAAUCCUUUAGUUUUGGUUCAAUGAUGGGAGCAGACUCG